UUCCAGCCCCUGAAGAGUGAAGGCACAUUAGCGUCUGACUCUGGAAAUGGGAUGUUGACCAGAUGAGCUGAUCCCAGUGUUGAGUUUGGAAGGAAAAGUAGGCGUUAGUGAUGGGGGAAAAAAGGCUUUUACGUGCAAAGUCUGGAAAGUGUGGCAGGGUUAGUGGUGUUUCCAAGAGGGACGGCUAAAAAAAGAUUGAGGCGAAAUUUGGGAAAGAUGUGCUGAGUCUUGCUGCAAAAUUUACACAUAUUAAUUGGAGACAAGGAUACCUGGCAAACUGUUGGAAAGACUACCUAACCUGUUAGGUGGAUCCUAAGGACAAGAAGGAAACAUUCAAGGGCAGAAUGCCUGCUAAAGAUCUGACAAGAUCAAAGCUGCAGAAGAAUGGACAGUGAGGUACAGAGAGAUGGAAGGAUCUUGGAUUUGAUUGACGAUGCCUGGCGAGAAGACAAGCUGCCGUAUGAGGAUGUUGCAAUACCACUGAACGAGCUUCCUGAACCGGAACAGGACAACGGUGGCACCACAGAAUCUGUUAAAGAGCAAGAAAUGAAGUGGACCGACUUGGCCUUACAGUACCUCCAUGAGAAUGUUCCCCCUGUAGGAAACUAACACCUGGCUCCCUUUGCAUGGACGGAUUUUUUUUAGAAUACGUAGGGGCACUAAGGUCGCUCAGUGGUUAAACAUCCAACUCUUGAUUUCAGCUUAGGUCAUGAUCUCACCGUUUUUGAGAUAGAGCUUUGUAUCGGACUCCAUGCUAACGGUGUGGAGUCUGCUUGGGAUUCUUUCCCUCUCUCUCUGCCUCUUCCCCAGGUGCACACAUGCACGUGCGCGCUCUCUCUCUAAAAUAAAUAAAUAUUUAAAAAAUUAAAAACUA